UUUUUUGAUAAAAAGGAGAACUAAAAAUAUGCUAUAUUUUUGUGACAAAAUUAGGGUCUACGGGCUAAACCUGUUCUUACUUUUCAUCGAUCGCGUGAUCCCUCCUCCCCAAGAGCAACUCGAUCUCUCACUUUGUGCGGUUUUGGACGGUUCUACUGUCUCCGAUCUCGUCUUCUUACAAAGGUUUACCAGAAGGUAGAAAGUGAAUAGUAGCUGAUCCGCAGACGAUGAGGGUGAAGAAGCAAAAGCGCCAUCGCAAAGUGGUGCGCUUCUACUCCGCGUGCUUCGGUUUCCGAGAGCCUUAUAAGGUUCUAUGUGAUGGCACCUUCAUCCAUCACCUCCUUCUCCACCGCCUCAUCCCUAUCAAUGAUGCUCUUGCUCGUCUUCUUGGAACUCGCAUUAUCCCCUUCACUACUAGAUGCAUUAUUGGAGAGCUAAGAAGCCUCGGUGAAUCCCACCGUGAAGCCCUCGAGGCUGCUCAGCAGCUCAUGAUAGCUAGGUGCGACCAUGAGAAGAGGAUUAAUGCCAUGGACUGUAUCGAGUCGGUUGUUGGAGAGGCGAACUCUGAGCAUUUCUUUGUUGCCACUCAAGAUGCAGAUAUGAGGAAAAAAUUCCAGAAGAUUCCUGGAGUUCCUGUGAUGUAUGGUCUUAGAAACUCUUUGUUCAUCGAGCAACCUUCUUCUAUGCAAAAACAAUUUGUCAAAUCUAGUGAGGAAAGGCAUCUGCAUUUGCCUGAAUCAGAAGAUCUGAAACUGCGUGAUAUGAAUCCCAGGGAUAAAAUAUCAAACAAUCCUGACCAUGGUGAUGCAGAUGAAACACUCCUCAGAACUGCUAGUGAUAAAAGAAAUAUGCUAGGCGUGUCACGGACUAGUCAAUUAAAACGAAAGCGAGCAAAGAACAUAGUGCAAUAUGGUCGCUAUGGGAAGUCGGCAUGGUGGGAACAAGUAAGCUGUGUAGGGAGAAAGACAUUGAGGUUUCAAAUCUCAUGGAAGAGUAUGGAUCGAGAGGGAAGGUAUUAGAAAAGCACAGAACAGGUAUGAAUAUUGAAUCUUGCAAUAUCUUGUAUGGAGUUUUACAUGCUUGUGUAUAGAUUAAAAUUUUAGUUGUUUUACACAAUUGUUAAAAUUUUAGUAGAGUCUAUUAAAUCUUCUUUGCUUAACAACUUUGUGGGCUUAAUAAUCAGUUAUUAUUACUUAACAAGUAUAAUAAAAUUUAUACAUUAGCAAGAGUUGGAAGGUACAAGUAAAUUUAAUCAAAGAAUAAAAUAUAAUAAAGAGUCUUUAUCAGAUUUCUUCUUAAUAAUGAAUAAUAGAUAUUUAUUUUUUAAGAAAAGUAGCCAAUUGGAAAGUGAUUUGUUCAGGCAUUUGCAGCCUUCUCAAUUGAUUCUGCAUCAGCUUCGGAAUUUUCAGCAGCCGCCUUGGCUUUCUUUGCUUGGUAGUCUUCCACAGCAGCUUUGAUUGCGUCCUCUGCCAACAAGCUGCACUGAAACUUCACCGGGGGAAGAAAAAGGUACUUGGCAAUUUCUCUAUAAAGCAUCACCAUCAGCAGAAGAAUUGUAUGAUUGUGAAAAUACUAGAUGAAUAGAAGCAAGGGAACACAAAAAAUUCAAUGGAUGAUAACU